GGCCACCCUUCGCUGCGCAGCUGCAGUGUCUGAAAGGCGACGGUUCUGUGGACACUGACGUCACUGGAGUUAGCGAAGAGAGAGAUCUGCCCAGUUGCUCAAAUUAUCUGCUACCAUGUUUCAUGGAAUCCCUGCCAGUGUAGGAGUUGCUGGAGCUCCAAAUAAACCUGAAUUGUAUGAGGAAGUCAAACUGUACAAAAACGCAAGAGAACGAGAAAAGUAUGACAACAUGGCAGAGCUUUUUGCUGUAGUGAAGACCCUCCAAGCUUUAGAGAAAGCAUAUAUCAAGGACUGUGUGACUCCUAAUGAGUACACAGGUGCCUGUUCCAGACUGCUUGUACAGUAUAAAGCUGCAUUCAAACAAGUCCAGGGCUCUGAUGUGGGAUCCAUUGAUGACUUCUGUAGGAAGUACAGACUUGACUGCCCUUUAGCUAUGGAGAGAAUCAAAGAAGAUCGGCCAAUAACCAUUAAAGAUGACAAAGGCAACUUGAAUCGCUGCAUAGCGGAUAUUGUCUCACUCUUCAUCACGGUGAUGGAUAAGUUGCGUUUGGAGAUCCGGGCCAUGGAUGAGAUCCAGCCUGAUUUGAGGGAGCUGAUGGAAACCAUGAACAGGAUGAGCAACAUGCCUCCUGAUUCUGAGGCCAAGGACAAGGUUAACUUAUGGUUGACAACCUUGAGCAGCAUGUCUGCUUCUGAUGAAUUGGAUGACUCCCAGGUUCGCCAGAUGCUCUUCGAUCUGGAAUCUGCUUACAAUGCCUUCAAUCGUUUUCUGCACUCGUCCUAAACUCUGCCUCUUUCUUAUGGAACUCCUUUGAACAUUCAACGUUCUCCAAACUGCAGUCCCACAGUACCCCUCCACCCAUCCUUCAUCUACAGAAUCCCACUAACAGAAAAAGAAAACCUCUGCACUUAAAUCAUCUCUUUUGAAGUCACUUUACUACUACUCUGAAAUCUGCCCCAAAGUCCCUUUCCUUCCUGUUCUACUUCUUUAUCAAGUAUCCAUUUACCUUUCUGUGUCAUCUGGAAAAGACCUGUUUCACCUCUCAUGCUGGCACCUUGACCAGUGUUUGAGGCAUUAAGAGCAUCAGUCUGCCCAUUCUUGCUCUGAUAAACAACUAAUUUUUCAGGUCUGUCUUUCAGUAUGUUUUUAUGUUUGCAUUCCUCUUCUUACUGGUCAACUGCAAAAACCUCUAACAGAAAGAGGACACAGGUUAAUUUGAUGGAUUGGAAAAGGAUAACUGGAGAUAUAGAUUGAAUUUCAGUGUGGAAACAUCUGUUCUCAUUCAAUGAAGGUGUUAUCUUUCAUGGUUAUUCUUAGUGCCACUAUCCCAUAUCUUCAGGUUCUGAGGUCUGAUUUUUUUUGAUCUAGUUGCAUGUUUUAUGUUCAACUCAUUAAAUUUGUUCAGUUUGAGUCAAAGCAUCAUCAAGAGUCAAAGAUUAAUAUUAAUUUGU